GCCUUGCACACAUUUACAUUCUGUCUUCUUUUUCCCGGCAAACAAAAAAAAAGGGAGAACUGAUAAAAACGUAACGCAAUAGUGGAAAAUUGUUGAGACAUGACGAGUUUUCGCAAACGGACCGUGCAAAAGCCAAUUCGUGGCACGCGCACUAGCCCACACACUGGCCAGGUGAUCACCUCCAGCGGUAAUCCAUCGCUUGAUCUGAUUUUAGGCGGUGGUCUGCCCAUCGGUUCGAUAUGCCUGAUUGAGGAGGAUCGCUUCAUGACGCACGCCAAGGUGCUGGUCAAGUACUUCCUGGCUGAGGGUCUGCUAUCCAAGCAGGAGCUCUUCCUUGGCAGCUUGGAUGAUUCGCCAGCUGAAAUGUUGCGUCGCCUGCCCAAGCCUCUAACUGACGAGGAAAUCGAGCAGGAGCAGCGCCAGGAGCAGGAGCAACAGGCGGACAAAAAUGGACUUCGCAUUGCGUUUCGCUACAACGAUUUGCCGUUGGUCAACUCGGAGCAGGCCACUGCGAAAAUUGGACAUCAUUUCAAUUUGAUGGAGCACAUGGAUGCUAUGAUGCUUUCCUAUGGGAAUGCCAUCACAUGGAAUGAUAAGAAAACAAACGAACUGACCAAUCCUGGCUGGUUGCUGGAUCCUAUCGAGUCAAUGCCUUACUCGUAUGCCCAGGCUGUGGGAUCCAAAGCGGACUCGGAACAGUCUCCACCUGAUGCUGCUGCCCCUGAAGCAGCAGCAGUUGCUUCCCCUGAAGCAGCAGUAGUUGCUUUCCCUGAAGCAGCAGCAGUUGCUUCCCCUGAAGCAGCAGCAGCUGCUGGUGAAACUGAAGCUACACCCAUGGAGCAGUCCGACGGCCAAAAAACUGCCAGCAACAUCAACAACAACAAUAAUAACAAUAUGGAUAACAGCACUGCCAAUAAUACGACAAGCACUACUGGAACAACAACCACAACAACGCCGACUGCAUCGCCCUCAACUGGCAAGCCACAAUUCUUCUACAACGCACGCUACGAUCGCCUGCUCAAUUAUAUCCAACUGCAGCUCAACGACCCCAUCUUUGAGCCGGGCGCCAACAUGCAGGAGAAGAAUCUGUGCAGGGUCUGCCUGACCUCGCUGGGCUCCCCACUGUGGUACGACGAUCACUUUGCCGAGGAUUUGCUCAAGUUUCUAACUAUAUUGCGUGGCAGCGUGCGCAGCUACACUGCUGUUUGCUUCAUCACAAUGCCCAUGCACCUGAUAGCUAAAUAUGACAGCAGCUUGGUGCCCAAGAUUCGUCAAUUGGUCGACUAUGCCAUUGAGCUGGAGUCGUUUGCCGGCUCUGAGCGCGAAACGCAUCCUGCUUUCAAGGAGUACAGCGGCCUGCUGCAUCUGCACAAGAUGACCGCCAUCAAUACGCUGGCCGUGCACAUGCCGGAGACCACCGACUUGGCCUUCAAAUUGCGUCGCAAGAAGUUUGUCAUCGAAAAGCUGCAUUUGCCGCCAGAUCUGCAAGAGUCAACGGAGCAAACAGCCAAGGGUGCAGACGUAUUGCCAAUGCCCAAUUGCGGUGUCAAUUCAAAUGUUUCCAUGGAUUUCUAGUGCCUGUUUAUGGACGCCGAUAUUAUGGCCACGUUCUGUUGGUUGUUUCAUUAAACCUAAACUUUUUUUUACAUACUCUGUCUCUGCGCAAAUGAAGGAACCCAAGCUGUGCGAAUACAAAUCAAAAUUGAAACCCGCAGCAACUGCUGAAAAAAAAAAAAAACAAGGAAAAAGAACAUUAACAACAAAAUACCAAUUAUAUAUACAAAAAUAUAGUGCAUCGGCGUUUAUUGAACGCUCUUGCCAUUAGUACAACCGA